AUGUCCUACAUUGUUUGGUGGAGUCCUGUCAUCCCCAUGAAUGCCUCCACAGUCACAGAAUUUGUCUUCCUGGGUCUUUCCAGAUCUCGAUAUAUCCAGGUCCUUCUAUUUGUCCUCGUCAUGAUGUGCUACACUGCCAUUUUAUUGGGUAACAUCCUCAUUAUAUUGACAGUGCAUAUAGAUCCACGCCUUCUAAAGUUGCCCAUGUACUUUUUCUUAGCCAAUUUGUCCAUGAUUGAUACUGCCUUGGGUUCAGUGGUUGUUCCCAAGGUGGCAACAGACCUGAUCACCUGUGGCAGGACCAUCUCAUUUGGGGGCUGUAUGACACAACUUUUUUUCCUACACUUCCUUGGAGGUUCAGAGAUGCUCCUUCUUACCCUCAUGGCUUAUGAUCGGUAUGUGGCCAUUUGUCACCCACUCACUUAUACAAUCAAGAUGAACCGCCCACGCUGCAUUAGACUUCUGUGUUUCUGUUGGGCUGGAGGCCUCCUCCACUCUGCCAGCCAGCUGUUCCUGGUCCUGCGGCUGCCAUUCUGUGGGCCUAAUGAACUGGACAAUUUCUUUUGUGAUGUUCCACAGGUAGUCAAACUGGCUUGUGUUGACACCCGUGUCACUGAGAUAGUCAUGGUGGCCAAUAGUGGCCUGCUCUCCCUGGUUUGUUUCGUCACCUUGCUGGUCUCCUAUGGCAUCAUCCUGAGCGCACUUCAAGGCCGCUUCAGAGAGAGUGGAUGGAAGGCUCUGUACACCUGUAGCUCUCACUUGACAGUGGUCAGCCUCAUUUUUGUACCAUGUCUUUUUGUGUAUCUUGUCCCCCUGUUUAGCACCAGUGUGGACAUGAUGGCUUCCAUAUUCUAUACAGUAAUCACUCCUCUACUCAACCCUAUUAUAUACACCUUAAGAAAUCGAGAUAUGAGGGAGGCUAUGGGCCGAGUGCAGAAGAAAUGCGUUUUCUCCCAUUGUUGCACAACAUAA